AUGGCAAGAGUUGAUCAAAAUGUGUUUGUCAAGGUGAGUUUGGUAGCACUAUUCAUGUCGUUUGCAGCAGCUCAAGACUUUGUUGCUUAUGAAGUCUAUAAUGAUGCCACAAGCCCUAUAAGCGUUGAGGUUGAAGUCAUUGAUGCCUACCCUCCAAUUUCUCCAGAAGACCAGGAUGCUCUCCCUCCAGAACCAUCACCGGGAGCUUACAAGAAGUUGAAGAAUUGUGCAAACAAGAUUACAGCAGAUUAUGCCGAAGAGAUCUACGAAGGUAUUUUCGAAGGCGAGCCUCUCACUACAGAUUGCUGCAAAGCCCUUGUGCAUCUGGGAUAUGAUUGUCACAUCCAGUUAGUGAAAUUUUUGCUCUCGAGUCCGGAACUUAAAGAAAAAGCUUCCGAGGUAUUGCCUAGGAGUGUGCAGCUUUGGAAAGCAUGUGCCUUGGUGGUUGACGUUGAUCAAUCUAUUGCUCCUUCUCCUUUUUAA